ACUCAUAAAUUCAGUUGUGACAUCCAAGUCCGAGCAAGCUCUCCCCUGAUUUAAAGCGCUGUUGUAAAGCCAUUGACAUUGAAAUGCAUGGAGCUCUUACAGUUUGUGUUACCAUGCCGUCCCCUGGGCACUUCUACGUGGCUGACGCAGCGCAGCGAGUACCAGUGCAGCUCGUAAUCUCUAUCGGGCCCGGAGCAUAAUCCUUGUUUGUGUGUGUGAUUAGCGAGUAAAUCUGUGUAGCAUUAGGUUGUGUUGGUGAGGAUCAAUUGUCCGUAUGGAUUGUCUCGACGGAGCUCCUGGAAAGUUGAGGAACUUCAAGAAGAGUGACUUUGGGCCCGACUGGAUAAAAGUGGCUGAGCGCAGGUUCAGCAAAGUGUACCGAGUCAGGCUGAAUGUCUGGAGGGAGCAAUGUGCCCUGAAAUGCUUAGAUACCAGCGUGUCGGCAAACAAAUUCUACAGAAGAAUGACAGAGGAGGCCUCAGAGAUAGCAAAAGUGAAAAUCAAAUAUAUCGUUUCCAUCUAUGGGCUGUGCAGCGAUCCUGCUGCGGUGGUGAUGGAGUACAUGAGUAAUGGCUCCCUGGACCAUCUCCUGGACAGUCACACCGUCAUGUGGCCCAAGAAGUUCCAGAUGAUUCACGAGGUCACCAUGGGCAUGAAUUUCCUCCACAGCAUGACUCCCCCCAUGCUUCAUCUCAACCUCAAGACGUCCAACCUACUGCUCGACGAGCACCUCCACAUCAAAAUUUCAGAUUCCGGGUUAAUAAAGUGGGAAGAGGGCUUGGACAAGGGGAUUUUCCUGGAUUACCUGACGUCAAGAGGGAACAUCAGUUACAUUCCUCCUGAGAUGUUCAACAUGUCUCCCCAACCCCCUGGAGCUGCUUUUGACGUGUAUAGUUUCGCAAUUGUCAUCUGGGAGAUUCUGACACAGCAAAGACCGUACCCAGGGCGCAGUGUGACCACGCUACUGGUGCAGGUAUCAGGGGGUAAGCGGCCCUCUGUAGACAUGGUGCCUGACGACAAGCCCCCUGAGUGUGGCCAGAUGAUUGACAUCAUGGAGCAAUGCUGGGACCAGGACUUUCACACGAGGCCAUCGUUUGCAGAUAUCGUGAGUAAAACAGAGGUGCUCAGCGAAGUCCUGAAGAUUCCAGGCAUCAACAGUUCUGUCAAGCAGAGACCAGAAUACCUUCAGCUGACCAGUCCACCGCAGAAGAUUGCGCAUCAGGACAUGGCUGACCUUCCUCCAGGUUCUACCGCCAUGCUGUCGCUCCUGAGAAAGAAGGAUUUUAAAAGUUUCCGUCAGUCUGUGCAGAAGGAGCACACCUCAACGUUGUUCUCAGAGAACAACACUCUGCUUCACCACACCGUCGCUACCGGGGAUGCAGAGAGUGUCCGGCAUCUCCUUCAUCUUGGUGCCGAGGUCAACUGCCAAAGCGCCAGGGGUUACACACCUCUCAUCGUCGCCGUCCUACACAGGAUGCAUGAGAUCACGUCCCUGCUGCUGGAGCAUGGGGCGUCGGCGACCAACUUAGACCAGGACCAGUGGACGCCGCUUCACUUCGCCUGUCAGAACGGCGACGACAGGACCGCGCGGCUUCUGUUGGACCACGCAGCGGAGGCGGACGCGCCGGACACCAUGGGCUGGAUCGCCCUCCACCUGGCCUGCCAGAACGGCCACGAGGCGGUGGUGCGGCUGCUCCUGUCUCGGCAGCCGCCGCCACCGCCGCCGUCGACGACGGAGGAGGGGGGGACGGUGGCGGCGGAGGCGCUCAGUCGAGCCGAGCUGAAACAUGGGAGAGUGCCUCUUCACCUGGCCUGCUACUACGGACACCUGGGCAUCGCCAAGCUGCUUCUCUGCAAGGGGGCCGACCCCAACACUGCCGACCGCUCCCGGGCCACCCCCCUGCACCUGGCGGCCGAGGGGGGCUUUAACCGGGUGGUGAGGCACCUGGUGAAGAGCGGGGCGCUCAUCGACAGCGUGGACGGCAGUGGCUGCACGCCGCUGCACGUGGCCGCCCGCAAGGCCCACAGGGGCAUCUGUAGGACACUGCUGUCCGGCGGGGGCCACCCCGACCCCCGGAACGAGCAGGGCUGGACCCCUAUGCAUUUGGCCGCGUCCAAAGGCCACAGGACCACUGUGCUCGAGCUGGAGAGUCAGGGCUGCAGUGUGAACGCCAAGGGGGAGAACGAAUGGACGCCGCUGCACCUAGCGUGCAAACAUGGCUAUGGAGACAUGGUGGCCGAUCUCUUGGCUGCCAAGGCAGAGCCCAACGUGGUGGAGAACAUAGCAGGCAGGAUGCCGCUACAUCUGGCCUGCAUCAGUUGCAGUUUCACCAGCGUGCUGGAGCUUAUCUUACACCAGGCGGAGGUCAACGCGGUAAACAAGUACAAUGACACACCGCUACACCUGGCGGCAAAUCACGGCUGCGCUGCCAUCGUGAAGGCCUUGCUACUCAAUGGGGCUGACCGGACUCUGCUGGAUUCCUCUGGUUCCACAGCACUAGAUCUGGCCCGGAAGGGGCAACGGGAGGAAAUAGUUCAGCUAUUGGUAAAGACAUAAUCCAGACUGCCAAAGUACAGUGCUAGCAACUCAGCCCUAAAUAGGUUGGUAACAUACCGGGGCGAAGCGUCCACGCAGUAUGUAUAGGAAAAUGUGUAACGUUUUAUUUCAAUAAAAAAUGUAUCAACUUGUAAAAA